UGUUUCACAGGGUAAUUUCGUCUUUUUAACUAUAUGACUUUGUUUGCUCCGCCUCCCCUUUUUCUUUUCUUCCGCCUCCCCCUCUUCUUUUCUUCCUUGGGUUUAGAGAAAAACACAGAGAGAGAGAGAGAGAGAGAGAGAGAGAGAGAGAGAGAGUGAGGACGAUGAAGACGAUGACGAUGACGAAGCAGACGAAGAGGACGGCAAUGAAAAGGCAAAGGACAUGUGAUUUUGUUUAACUAUACUAAGUUUCCGUAAGUUUCGACGUAAUUACGUGUUCAGUUUGCACAGAUGGGUUAUUUUCGGUUUACUUCCUCGGGUUUAGAGAAAAACAGAGAGAGAGAGAGAGAGAGAGAGAGAGAGAGAGAGAGAGAGUGAGGACGAUGACGAUGACGAAGCAGACGAAAAGGACGGCAAUGAAAAGGCAAAGGACAUGUGAUUUUGUUUAACUAUACUAAGUUUCCGUAAGUUUCGACGUAAUUACGUGUUCAGUUUGCACAGAUGGGUUAUUUUCGGUUUAAUAGAUUGAUUUUGUUUAAUCUACCAUGUGGUUUUCUCCUCUCCUGUCCCUUUUGGGGUUCCAUCGGUUCCUGCAGAGCAGAUCUUUCCGUCCAACGCUCAAAUCUAUGGCUCGUGCUCCUCCUGAAAAGGUUUGGCUCCGUUCUAGGUUGGCUUUUUCCAAUUUAUGUUCUUCGUUGUGGUUUUUAUGUUGUUUGGUUUGGCUAUUAUGGCUGUAAUUUUUUUUAGGAUUUGUUGGUUGUCGAUCGAAGGUUCUGCUGGUUUUUUGUGUUUAUUUUUUUCUAAAGAAUAACUUUUUGGGCCUCUCUUUGUUAUUGAGGAGUCUCAUGGCAUGCGAUCUGAUCCGAACAGUGACGACAAUGAAGAAAGGUUAUUUUUCCCAAUUACUUUUUCCCCUCUUUUCUUUUACUGUUUGUGGUUCUUCUAUUGUGCAUAACUUUAUAGAUCCAACGAAUACGAAUAAUAUAAGUAAAAGAAAUCAAAUGACACAUAACAAGGGAGAGACAAAGCAUCUGAUAUGUUUCUUUGAUCUUUAUUAAUUAUUUCGUACUUUUGGAUUUUUCCAGGUGUGGGUUAUUAGAAACAUGAAGGUUUUGAAGUUUUUAGUACCAAUCAAUACCUGAUUGCUCCUACAUCAGAGGAUAUUAAUCGGUAUGUGUUGUUCUCCAUGGUUUUCUCCAUCCUAAUUUUUCCUAGGGUUUUCCUUGUUUUGGAUGAGAAGGUUUAGGUAAAAAAGCCGUUGGGUUACUGCGUAUGGAAAAGGGAAAAGAAGAAGAUUCUGCAUUUAGACCUUUGUAAGGUCGGAUUGAUUUAUUUGUUCUUUCCUUUUUAAUACCAUUAUUUUCUUUUAGUGUUUUGUUAUGCUCGGUAACGAUAGAAUUCUGCCAUGUUUUGCUCCAUUUUAUAGAAAUUGGUAUUUUAACUGUUGCUUCUGUCUAAUCUGUAGCAAGAAUCAAAACUCAAAGCCUUGCUCCUUCCCAAGUGUCUCCAAAAACCUUAGCAAUUUUCUUAGCAAGACCAGCUAAUUUAUAACUUACCCCAAACUUCUGCACUAUCAACUGCUAAAUUACUUCUUCUACUAUUGUGAUGAUUCCCCGUUCUUAAGCACCUAAUACCAGAUAGUGUAUCUUUCAAUCAUAAGUCAUAGUGAAACAAAAUGACUCUUCCGUAGGAUUAUGUGAAACAAUGACACUUCCCUUAAUUUGAAGGGCUCUCAACUUUAACCUCGAGGAUUAUAAGCAGACGAAUAACAAAAAAUCUCUCAAUCUUGUGCCCGUACCUAAAGGCACGGCAGGACGUUUCACAUUGACUAACCUUCACCUCAUAUAUACCUGUCACAAUCUUGUGUUUUUCUUUCCUCUGAUACAUGCUUUAUGUAGCAGGAAAUUGGCCUAGGUCAGUGACUAGCCAAGUUGUAUACCACCUCCAAGACGUAUCUCCUGAUAGUGGUCUAAAAAAGUUUUCAUUUUUCAUUGCAAUAGUCUCUUUCUUCGAUGUAUUGGACAUGAGUACACUUACAUGUGCCUUAUUUGACUUGUUUGUGUACAUAUUUGGCUUAAAUCUCAUCUAUGUCUGGUUCUUAUUAUGUCCUGUUUAUUUUUCUUCUUCUACAGCUGUACUUAAGAGCGCUUGCCUCACACAACUCAUCAAGUUUCAUCUUCAACCCACCUAUACUAGAAGCAGCUACACUGCCGGCAUGGUGUGUAGUCAAUGCAAGCAAAAUGAAACUCAAAAAAUUGCCAAUCUCCCUACAUCAGAGACUGGAAUGUUAUGUUAUCGUGUAUUGAAGUACGAUGUCGAGAUCGACCACUCUGUAAGGAAUCUUCUCUAUUCCUUUGGCUGUUUUAUUUUAUUUAAAUUAUCUCUGGCAAAACAUUUUGUGAAUCUAUAUACAGUUUUUUCACUGAGCUAUGUCACCUUUGCAUUUUAAAAAACGUCAAUAUAUUUUAAGGGGUUGUGUUUAUGUUGUAGCCAGAAAAGUAUGGCAUGAAUGCUCGCAGCAUUACGUUUUGAAAUUGUAAAUUUCUGUGGGUUGAUUCUUUUUCUAGCAUUUUUUGAUCGAUAAAA